UAUCGAUUUCAUAACAAACUGUCCUUCGAAUCAAAUCUGGACGGUAGCAGAGAGGCGCAUAUAGCCAGCCAAGGAAAACAUGGGUGCGUCAGUAACCAGGGAAGACUUCACAUGGAGUAAGAAUGAUGAACCUCAUGCGGCCAGACGUAAAGAGAUACUUAAAAAUCACCCUGAUAUUAAGAAGUUGAUGGUUGUUGAUCACUGGUUUAAAUAUGAAGUGACGAUGUUGGUGUUUUUUCAAUUUGCAAUGACUUUUUUAAUCUCACAUUUCAAUUUGAGUUGGUUGUAUGUGGUGAUUACUACUUAUGUUGUCAGUGGUACAGCUAACCAUGCUCUCCUAUUGGCUAUCCACGAAGUUGCCCAUAAUAUGGCAUUUGGACACUUAAAACCGAUGCGCAAUAGAAUAUUUAGCCUGUUUGCUAAUUUACCUAUUGGCGUACCUAUGGCAUUGUCAUUUAAGAAGUAUCAUUUAGAACAUCACAAAUAUCAAGGUCAUGAACAUAUCGAUACUGACAUACCCACAGAGAUGGAAGCUAAAAUGUUUACAAACACUUUUGGAAAGGCAGUCUGGAUGUUCUUACAGCCAUUCUUCUAUGCAUUGCGACCACUGUUGAUGAAUCCAAAGUCAGCAUCGAAAUUGGAAGUGUUUAAUUUUGUUCUGCAGUUUGCAUUCGAUGCAGUUGUUUUUAAAUAUCUUGGUCCGAAGGCCCUGUUUUACAUGAUUGCGGGAUCCCUUUUGGGUAUGGGUCUUCAUCCUGUUGCUGGGCAUUUUAUAUCUGAGCACUAUAUGUUUUCACUUGGCUUUGAAACAUAUUCAUAUUAUGGUAUUUUAAACAAGUUUACAUUUAACGUGGGGUAUCAUAAUGAGCAUCACGAUUUUCCAAACGUUCCUGGAUCACUGCUUCCGAAAGUGAGAGAAUACGCACCAGAGUAUUACAAUACAAUACCGUAUCACACAUCAUGGGUCAAAGUGUUGUAUGAUUACAUAACAGAUCCCUCGAUUGGACCGUAUGCAAGAGUAAAAAGGCGCGAGUACUUGUAUAGAAUGAAAGGUAAAAAUGAACACCAGAAUGAGACCAAUGGUUCAGAUUGUUCAAGUCAUACCAAUGGGUGUACAAUUGCAGAGAAGGACGAGAACUUAAAGAAAAUGGAUUAAUCUAUUUCUAGAUGAUUGUUAAUUAUUAGAUAUAUUUUUUUGCCGUGGAACAGACAAUUAGAUGUGAUCAAAUAGAUAAUUGAAAACGAAAAGUAUUUAUUUUAAAAUUGUGAUUCUUUUUAAAGUUGUUUUGUUGUCACUGGAAGAUAGGUUAUAUAUUUAGCAAUUUUCUCCUAUUUAGAACUAUGGAUUUGUUUCUUAUUUAGUUCAGUCUUACUUUAGAAAAAAAUACAAUCAUUUUUCGAAUAAAA